CAGCUCAUUAUUCGACCUUCCCUAAAACCCUCGCCGCCCAGUUCCGUCCCCGCGCCGUCGCCGUCGGCCAGAAGAAACCUCGCCGAUGUCUCUGGCCCGCCUCGGCCAGUCGCUAAUCCGCCGUCUCCACCGGCCUCUCCACCUGCCUCCGCCGCCGCCCACGGAUCACCAUGCCGCCGUUUCCCGAUCCUUGGCUUUGAGCCAAGCGAAUAGAUGCUUAAGAGGUUUUGCGAGCUUAACAUACAAUCCUGGCAGCACGAUUGCUGGCAAGUUUGGAGGGCCGUCGCCUGUCCAUGCUGUGCAGCUGCAGGUUCUGGAGCGUGUAGUCCAGCUAAAUCAUGCAAGGCCAAUGUCGUCGGCAGCGCCGGCACCAGCAGGGUCAACGUCAUCAGGACCACCGGAAACAUCGCCGUCAGUGUCGAAAGGUGUUCCUGUGGGCGCUCGGAAGGUUGGUAUGAAAGUUGUCAUGAUGAGCCCUGGUUUUGUUUAUGAGCCGUACAGCCUCCCGGAACCUAUUUCCUUCUGGAGAAGAUGGUUUACACGAAGUGGCUGGACAAGAACAAAGGAGGAUAUUAUUCUGGAGAUGAAGAAUGCAUAUGCUGUGUCAAGGUUGAGGAAGAAAACCGGAUAUACCAAAAAACAGUUCUACAAUCAAGCAUUCAAUAUAUACAAGGAGGUUAACACGCUUAUGGCACAAGGAGAUACGUCUUCUCUCCGGAAAGCUCUGACAGAGAGAAUGCAUUCUACUAUGAAAAAUGAAAUAAAGAGAAGACAGUCGAAGUGGAAGUCUGUACAUUGGGAAUUGGUGGAGCCUGCUGUAAACAUAAGAACUUUGAGGGCUCGCAUGAUUGGUCUUGAUAAGAACGACCUUGAUAAAGCUUUCAUACAGCUCACGCUUGAGUUCAUCACUAAACAGAAAUUUGAAGCCUAUAAUUCAAAAGGUGAGGUUGUGUCAGGAGACAAGUCAAAGGAGGUACUCGUGAAAGACAUAUGGGUGUUUGAAAGAUCCCUUUUUCAUCCUGGAGCAGACUGGCGUGUAUGUGGGCGAAUCACGCUGUAAUAAUAUCUUGGCAAAGCACAUACACCAUCGUACAAGAGCUGAACUGAUUGCUUUUAUCAGUUCUAAUAAAUGUUUUUGUCCCUCCAUCCUGUUUUUCUCCCUUCUAACUGAUGUCUAACAAGAUCUCCAGGCACUCAUAGACAGUAAUGGCAGUUCUUCUAUUUUUCCUCGUCUGUCCGGGAAACUGUCACCGGGGUGUGUUUUCCACUUAUGUUAGGGCCGUAAACCGGGAAUAUUAUCCCAUUGGAAGUUUUAGUUUUCGGUUUAUAGAUUUUCUUUCCAUUGCGGUAACCAACUCAUUGUAUUUAACCCAUACUAUUGAUGUGCAUGUGCUGGUAUGGUACACUCUCGCACAUUUCCUUUCAAAUUUCUUUUCAAUUCCCUGGAGGUUGUAAAGCCGUACAAAAUAAACCCCGAGAACUCGGUCCCCGGUUUUCUGGGCAUUUACCUCUUUCCGAAUCA